AUGUCACAGAUUUAUAUAAACCACCCUGCUCUAAGGCAUCACUGUUGCCAUCAUUUAAAGGGGAGUAUUUUGAAUGACACAACAGCCUCCAGCCAACUGGCCAUAGGAAUAAUCUUCUUGUUACAGACUGUUCUUGGAAUCUGGGGCAAUUUCUCCCUUCUGUACCAUUACCUCUUUCUUUACCACACUCAGUGCAGGAUGAGGGUCACAACUUUGAUUUGCAAGCACCUGGCUAUUGCCAACUUUUUGGUCAUUCUCUCGAAAGGAGUCCCUCAGACAAUUACAACUUUGAGGUUGAAACACUUUGCCAAUGAUUUUGCAUGCAAACUUAUUUUGUAUGUUGAGAGAGUGGGCAGGAGUAUGUCCAUCGGCACCACCUGCCUCUUGAGUGUGUUUCAGACCAUCACGAUCAGCCCCAAGUACUGCUGUUGGAAGAAUCUUAAAGUCAAAGCCCAAAAGUACAUUGCCUUCUCCAUUUCCUUCUGCUGGAUCCAGUGCAUGUUUGUACAUCUCAUUUUUCCUCUAUAUGCAUUAUAUGUUUCUGACAAAAGGCGCAGCACAAACAUGAGAAAUACAAGAGAUUCAGGGUACUGUUCUGACACAGAUCUUGAGAAAAUCUCGGGUUCAAUAUAUGUAGCUUUGAUAGUGUUCCCUGAAAUUUCAUUUUCUGUGCUCAUCUUCUGGGCCAGUGGCUCCAUGAUUCUCACCCUGUACAGACACAGUCAGAGAGUCCAGUAUAUUCACAAGGCUAGUGUGUCUCCCAGAUCCUCUGCUGAGUCCAGAGCCACCCAAAGUAUCCUACUCUUGGCGAGCACCUUCAUGUGUUUCCACACCCUAUCCUGCAUCUUUAAUAUUUGUUUUGCUCUUUAUCAUAAUCCCAGUUGGUGGUUGGUGUAUACAACUGGCCUGAUUUCUGUGUGUUUUCCCUUUAUCAGCCCCUUUCUGCUCAUGAGCCGUGACUCCAUUGUAUCCAGUCUCUGCUUUCUGUACAUGAAGAACUCAGUAUUGCAUAAUCUUAUCAGAAAAAUGUAA